AUGAUGAUGGUUUCCUUACGAGCUGACCGUCGCGACUCGGCGCAACCCUGUGCUCCACCGCCAGACAUUCGGCGCCUUCUGCGUCACAACACGGCACCAGAGCUUUUGGCAACCGGCGUUGUCCUGCCAACACCCUCCGCUCUUGGCGUCUCCGUGCACAUUGAUCGUCUGGUCCAGAUCUACAUGGUCGGCGAACUCUUCCGAAUUGGACCCUCU